AUGGGUCCGAUUGAAAAUGAACUUGCUCGACACUCUUUUUCUGCCAAUACCAUACAAGAUGACAUGCUCCCUUUCAUGAUCAUUAAUCAUCUUAAUGAGAUUGGCAAUAGCAUGGAGGACUCUAACGGCAAGUGGACAGUAAAGUCAUUUACAGUUCAAAAGGAAAACAACUACCUCCAACUGCAAAGAUCGCUUGCAUCUGAGCAUAAAGUGGCAGUUGUUAAUGAGGAAGUUGAAAAUGAAACAAAUACAGUUGUUAAUACAACACUUCAUCAUCAAAGAGAAGACUUAGAGCAGUUGAUGGAUGUGCCAGAAAUUGAUGAAGCCAAAUUACAAGUGAUUAGUGGUUUACUUGAGGAAGCAAUGAAUUGUAUAGACACUCUUAGAAAUGCAAACUCUUCCCGCUUUAGAAAUCUUAAUACACAAAGAUAA